GGAUGUGUGUUUUAUUUCAUUCUUCAGUCAAUCAUUUGACAUUUCAUUCAGUAUCAUUCAGAUUUUUGUGAAGUAAGUUAGUGCUGUUAGUCGAUUUAUAAUAAAAUUGGUGGCAUGUUUGAAUUGUAUGGAACAAGUUUCGUAAGAACUUUCAUAUAAAACAUUUAUACAAAUAAUAAAAGUACGCCAUUGGUAAAUCGAUAGUGUGGAAUUUGUUUAGUUAUAUUUAUUCAAACAAUUCUAAACAAAUAGUUAUGUUUUAAAAUCGAAGUUAAGUGUCGGUAAAAUGAGUUCGCCUAAAGACAUCGAACUAAGCCCAGUGAAAACUGAAGCACAGCCGAGCGCUUGUCCCUCGGUUUUGAAAUCAAACAUCCCACCUGUAACAGACGAAGAAGAUGUGAUCAUCGGAAGGUUUCGGAAGAUUAGCUCCGCAAAGUCGAUGGCGGCUACGAAUGGGAAUAUUCAGUAUCCGACUGAGAUUCCUGUGAGAAGUGACGAUGUGGAAGCCGGUCUGCAGUUUAAGAAGGAUCCGGGGGAAAAAGACAAGUUGCUGCCGGAACCGGUGACGAACGGCGCACUCUCGGUACAGUCCAAGUCGCCGGUCACAAAAAGCAGCUUUAGGGAUGUGGAGAAGCCGUCCAGGUUUAAAGAUCAGCCGUCGGCUACUCGGUUUCAGAUGGAAGAUAAACAAGACGAGGAAGCUACUGAUUCGGACGCGUCCGAUCUGGGAAGCGAUGAUCCACUCACGACGACAUACGACACUAAAUAUGGAAAGAGUUUCAGACAUUUUACUCGGGAAGCCCUACCGAGGCUGGACAAUUAUAGGAACGUGCUCUCUCUCCACGCAGCGCCGCGGCCGACGCUAGAUGAGCUCCACAACGCUUCCUUAUCUAGGAAGCCAGCCCAAGUAGUAGAAAAGGAUUUGGUGACGCCGGUGGUGAUGUCGCCCAACGUGAAGUUUGGUUGGAUCAAGGGCGUGCUGAUGCGAUGCCUCCUCAAUAUAUGGGGUGUGAUGCUGUUCCUCCGACUUUCCUGGGUCGUGGGACAGGCGGGAGUGGCGCAGUCCAUCCUGCUCAUCAUGACGACCUCGGUGGUGACCACCAUCACGGCGCUCUCCAUGUCCGCCAUCAGCACCAACGGCGUCAUCAAGGGAGGCGGCACGUACUACAUGAUAUCUCGUUCCCUCGGGCCCGAGUUCGGCGGCUCCAUCGGGCUGAUAUUCUCGAUGGCCAACGCGGUCGCGUGCGCCAUGUACGUCGUGGGCUUCGGCGAGUCUCUCAUCACCCUCAUACCGGAGUCCGCCUACAUGGUCAGCAAGAGUUGGGAUCAAGCAAUAUACGGCUGUAUAACGAUAGUCGUUCUCACUGGGAUAGUGAUGGUGGGGAUGGAGUGGGAGGCGAAGGCGCAGAUCGUACUGCUGGUGAUACUGCUCGCGGCUAUAGCGGACUUCUGCAUAGGGUCUAUUGUAGGACCUAAGAGUGACCUCGAAGUGGCUCAGGGAUUCGUCGGGUACAAUAUGUCGGUGCUGUGGCAAAACAUGGGUCCUGACUACAGGUAUUUUGAGGGUGUCGAGCACAAUUUCUUCUCGGUGUUUGCUAUAUUUUUCCCGGCUGCCACUGGUAUACUGGCUGGCGCUAACAUUUCAGGGGAUUUGAAGGACCCGCAAAAGUCGAUACCGAAAGGCACCCUGCUGGCGAUCCUGCUCACAACGCUGUCGUACCUCGGCAUCGCGGUGGUGGCGGGCUGCACCGUGCUGCGCGACGCCUCGGGCCUGCUCGCCGACCUGCCCGCCGGCGUGUCCGACUGUGCUGCCAACCGCACCUGCCAGUACGGACUGCAGAACAGCAACGAUGUGAUCCGGCUGGUGUCUGCGUUCGGUCCGCUGAUCUACGGCGGUUGUUUCGCGGCGACGCUCUCGUCUGCGCUCGCGUCGCUCGUGUCCGCGCCCAAAGUGUUCCAGGCCCUGUGCCAAGACAAGCUGUAUCCGUACCUGGAGUUCUUCGCGAAGGGCUACGGGCAUAACAACGAGCCUGUGCGCGGAUACGUGCUCACAUUUAUUAUCGCAACCGCUUUUAUACUUAUGGGUGGUCUGAACCAGAUCGCGCCGCUGAUAUCAAACUUCUUCCUGGCUGCGUAUGCGCUCAUCAACUUCUCAACGUUUCACGCGAGCCUCGCCAAGCCUGUCGGCUGGAGACCUACCUUCAGGCUGUACAACAUGUGGCUGUCGCUGGUGGGCGCGGCGCUGUGCGUGGCGAUCAUGUUCGUGAUCUCGUGGAGCACGGCGCUCGUCACCUUCGGCUUCCUACUCGCCUUGUACUUGCUCGUCUCCUAUCGGAAGCCGGACGUUAACUGGGGAUCUACGACGCAAGCGCAGACGUACAAAACGGCGCUCUCCGGCGUUCACCAACUCAACAGGGUCACGGAGCAUGUGAAAAAUUACAGGCCUCAAAUACUGGUGUUGACCGGUUUCCCUGGAGAGAGACCGUAUCUCACGGAGUUCGCGUAUCUUUUGACCAAGGGACUGUCGCUCAUGAUCUGUGGACAUAUUAUACAGGGUCAGGUGAGCCACCGCACGCGGUCGGCGCUGGCGAGCCGCGCGUACGCGUGGUUCGGCAAGCGGCGCGUGAAGGCGUUCUACUGCUGCGUGGACGACUGCGGCCUGCGCGCCGGCGCCGCCGCGCUGCUGCAGGCCGCCGGGCUCGGCAAGCUCACGCCCAACAUACUCAUGAUGGGCUUCAAGCACGACUGGCUCUCCAGCCCUGUGCAGGACAUCGCCGACUACGUCGAGGUCAUGCAUAAAGCCCUGGACGUGCACGUGGCCAUCGCGCUGCUCCGCGUGGAGGGCGGCCACCACACCGCCGACGCGCUCGACGACGACCUGCGGGCCUGUCUCGACGACCUCAACUCCAACGACCUCUCCGCCUUCUCACGUUCCAUGGGCGAUAACUUCAAAGAGUCUAAGUCCACGGAGAGUCUCAACACGCAGUCGAGAGGCAGUAGUUUGUCGGACGUGUCUAUGGGCUCGCCGCAGCUCGGGCGAGGAGUGUCUUCUGAGCCCAGCGCCGCGCCUAACAAGGAACAGGCAAAGAAAAGCGAUGACAAAGAAAGCAAGGGCGUGGGGCCGGCGGUGCGGCGCGCGCGGGGCGCGGGGUCGCGGCGCGCGUCGUCGUUGAGCGCGCCCGAGCAGUUCACGCGGCGCCACGCCGGCACCGUCGACGUCUGGUGGCUCUACGACGACGGCGGUUUGACGCUGUUGUUACCUUAUAUUUUGUCAACGCGACGAGCAUGGUCGUCCUGCCCAUUGAGGGUCUUUACACUGGCCAACAAGAAUACAGAACUAGAAAUAGAGGAAAGAAACAUGGCAUCACUUCUGUCAAAGUUUCGGAUAGACUACUCGGCUUUGAAGAUGGUGUCAGACAUCACGAAGAGGCCUAAAGAUUCUACAUUGGCUUAUUUCGAUAAGCUGAUAGCGCCUUUCAUGACGAAUGACGAUAGUAAUGAUAGUGACGGUAUCACGGAGGCCGACCUGCUGGCGGCGCGCUCGCGCACGCACCGGCACCUGCGCCUGCGCGAGCUGAUCGCGGAGCAGUCGGCGGGCGCGCGGCUGGUGUGCGUGACGCUGCCGCUGCCGCGCCGCCGCGGCGUGCUGCCCGCGCCGCUGUACGUGGCGUGGCUGCACGCGCUGGCCACGGCCGCCGACAACACGCUGCUCGUGCGCGGGAACCACUCCGCCGUGCUCACCUUCUACUCAUAACCUACUUCCCGGACAACGACUACCGUACAAACUUGUAAAACUUCCUAUAAUUCACCACGUAUCUGUGUUGCGUUUCGGGGUCGACAUAUUACAGCCGGUUUUAAACAAGCCAUAAUUAUGUCGGAGUGAAUUUUCCACAGCGACGUUUUUAUAUGCUGCUUGUAACUCUGGUCCUUUUUCUCACAUAUUUAGAUCAAUCUGACUAUGCUUGCAUGUAUUAUAAAGUUUUAUGAUUAUAUUUUGUAAAGGAACUGGCACGAGCACCAACAAAAUGGUUUGAUCCUAAAACGGCUGCUUAUGUAGCUCCGUAGUCUGUAGCUCUAAGUCGAGAUGACGCAUGAUAUGUCCAUUACUAUUAUAUUCUUGUGGCAAAUGGAUUCACAUCUAUGACGCUAAGAGAAGGAGGGAUGCAGUUAAAAGUAAUAUUGGAGCAGAAUAUUUUGUAUAAAGAUAGGUUUUUGGCCUUUUUAUAAACGUUACCAGUUUUUCCAGUGAAAAGUAUUUACAAGUAUUUUUUUAAUAUUUUAUAUCUAUCGGCCUUUGCCGUCUUUACAUUGUAUGUAAUUAUUACAUAUUCAACAUAUCGAACAAAAAAUCUUUGAAUAUUGAUAAUGAAUUAUUAUAACAAUUGAAAUUAUUAAAAAUAUUUAAGAUUGAACACGGAAUAUAGAUGGCGCUAUUUUGCAAUUUUGUACAUACUUUUGGACAUCACUUGUUCUCAUUGAAUUUAGUUCAGGAGAAGGAUAAGAGAUGGCAUAUCAAGUGCCAAUUAGUGCUAGUGAAUAAAAAACCUUAAAUUAUUUUAGGUAAGUAAUAAAAUUAAAAAACCAGUGUAAGUCGAUAGAUCUGAUUAUUUGCAUAUUUAUCCAGUGACGCGUUGGUGACAUUCUAUACAUAUCUUUCAACUAAUUAAAUAUUCUAGAUUAUUCUAGAAUCGACUACGCUAUCAAAAGCAUAAUUUACAUUUCAAAUUAUCUCACGUAAAAAAUAUUUCAAUUCAGUGAUGCAACGGUCUAAGUGAUUGACUGACUUGACCCAAUUUAUUAGCAAACGAGCAUACUUUUUUGACAAAUCCGUGAUGCUGCAGGCGGCUGCGAGUCAUAAGCUAACUGUAAAUCUGUAAUUCGAAAAUUUCACCCUGGGAUAAACUGAUUCCGAUGAUUUAUUGCGAAUCUGGGUUUGUGAGGCCAAUGGUCGUGUAUUAUAGAAUAUUCCUUAUGAUAUUCACAAUCCCAUAUUUUAGUAUAGUGUCAGAAAAGCGUGUGUGACUCGACAAAGUAACUUGAUAAAUAUCUCUGACUAUAAAUGUAAAGAUUCCUAUAAAAGUUUUGUUCCUAAUCAAUGUACAUUAUUUUUACUAAAACAUACAAUAUAUUUUCUCGAAUAUUUAUACAAUUUGAUACGUGUUUUACAAUUUUAUAUAUAAACAUAUUGUCAUAUUUUGACCAUUCUAAUAUAUAGAUAAUUGCUUGCAGUUGGUUUAGUGAACAAUUGUCGAACUGUUGUAUAACUUUGAAUUUUUUAAACGAAUCAAAAAGCAGCAGAGAUUUGAAAGCUACAAAGAAACCUUAAAUACGUAUGACAAGAGACUGAAGUAUUAACACAUCAAAAUCAAUAAAUGUUUGCUACUACAAUUUUAAACUUUGUAUAUCAUAAUACAAGAUAUAAAAUUGUUUAAUAUUAUACAAGCUUUUUAUCUAUAUGGUUGGCUUAUACAUACAUAGACUAUUAAAUCGUAAUUUUAUAUACUCUGAUAUUGCUGAUAUUAUAAUGUCCGAAAUUAUAUAUUUUUAUAAUAAAUGUAUGGUGCAAUUAAUGAAUUGACAAUUUUGAGCAAGUGUGCGUGUGUGUGUGUGUGUUUGAUUUUAAAUAAUGAACUCCCAGCGUGGUUACGUGACCUUUUUGUCUUAUUUUUUAUCUUAAUAUAAUAUACAAAAAAAUAACAUUUAAGUUAGGAUAUUCUGUCUUGUAACUUGAUGUACAAAUGAGUUGAUUCUCACCGAUUUUGUUGUUAAUUUAUUAUUCGUUAAUUUAUUAUGUCCGGAAAAAAUAUUUAAUGCAAGGUAAGCGCACCGAUUACUGGUCAUUAAUUGUGUUAGAGAGUAAUGCUAUUAGGAUGUCUUCAUUGUUACUUGUUGGGGAGAGAAUACAUUGCUAGAUACUAUUAUUCAUAUGUUAAAAAAGCACACCGAGGCUUAACUCUUGGUCUCUCGUGGCUCGCCGGCGAGCCAAGACAGCUACAUGACAUUUGCGUGUGUCACGGGAUUAUAACCUUAUAUACUACAUAAUAAGGUUAUUUUUCCGUCACACGCGUAGCUGUCAAUGUUUGGCGGCAAACAUUCAGCUACCUGUACAUAUUUGAAAAUAAAAUUUUGACAAGUCAUGACGGGUUAAUGUACAAAAAUUGAAUUUCUCAGUAGCCAAGAUUUGGUAAACUUUGAGUAUUUUCAAAAAGGCAAAUCCUCCUGUUUCUAUAUUGAGGGAGAUCUUUUUUUAACAAUUUAGGAGAUUCGAUUUUGUUUUUUUGAGUUUCCUUUGUGAAUACAACGUGGUUAUAUCUUUAAAGUGCAAGUUGUCACUGAAAAUUAGUAAGUAAUUCUCAAUAUCCCUAUUAAUUAUAAACGGCUCGCAAAGAUAAAAACAAAGUGGCUCGCGUAAAUACCAACUCAAGACAUUACUUAACGACGCACCGCAAUUAGCAGAACAUCUUGAAUAGACUCCAUUUUGCACUAAUUAUGCAGUGUUAUUUAAUGACCUGGUAAUAGGUACGUUUACCCUAUUUCACAAUUGUACUAUUGUACGCGGCGUGUAAACAUUUGAUUAAAUGACUUGAGAUUA